CUCACUCUUAUUUCAUGGAAGUGACCAAGCUUUAAGCCUUCCGCCUUAGGUGCCAAACCAAAGACAGAAAAUCAAAUACAAAAUGGAUAUCGAGCCUCGAUUUUCAAAAAUUGUUGCGCAUAAUUUACAGUGCUUUAAGAUUCUCAUCUCAUCCUUCAAUGACGACCCCAUUCCGAGAGCAGCACGUACUCUGUCUCAUUUGGCAAGAUUUAAAUUAUGGGCUGGAAACCUGGGGGCACAUCGUCAAUCAGGAAGUCGUUCCCUAGAAUACCGUCUUCGAGAUGCAUCAUCGCUUCGGAAAUAUAUCACUUCUCUACUUCUACAACUACGCAGCUCCCUCGAGAAAGCCUGUGUCACAUCAAGGGAAUGCACAUCUGAAGAUGAAUCUGAAGAUGAGCAUAGAGACCCAGUUGAUAAGGAGUUAGCGGCUCUUUUUCGACAAUAUAAUGGCUCCAAUGAAUCUACGCUCGAUUUAAUCCUAGGGGACGUAGGCCAUAUACUCGACUGCUUACUUCGGCUGUCUAUCACUAUUACCAAUCCAGCCCCAUAUGAUCAAUUCAAAUCUAGAGCCGAAGAUGGCAGCUUCGCUAACCUUCCUACAGAAUGGGAUAUCCGCCACGUAGAAGAAAAAUUUCCUAGCUUAAGCCAUGAUCUUGCUGAAAGACUCGGGAAAGCAAUAACAUUUCGGCGUCAGUAUUUCAAGUACCGGGAAGACCACUAUAGAAAGCUUUCUGAGGGUAUACAGAGCGACAGUGGUGUCAACGAGGAUAUCGGUGCUAUCUUCGAUGCCAUCGUUGAUGAUAUAGGUGAACAGACGACUAUAGCCUCUCCUAUCCCCCAAAACCUCAGCGAUUAUAGUGAUGAAUUAAACCUGCAAGGUAAUUUGACGGUAGAUUUGGACUCCAGGUCAGAAAUCUCUCGAACUUCAUAUGCCCCUUCUAGUCUUAAUCCAGAUCAGCUGAGAGUUCCGCCAUUGCCAAAAGGACAUCUUGAUGGUCCGUUCAUGUGCCAAUUCUGCUAUUUUAUAAUCGAGGUAGAUUCGAGGCAAGCUUGGAAGAAGCAUGUAUUCAGAGACUUAAGGCCAUAUGUUUGUCUUGAGCCUUGUCUUACAGCUGAUCAUCAGUUCUCGCAUCGCUCUGACUGGGCUAGCCAUAUGAGAAAUGUUCACUGGAGGCAAUGGCACUGCCCUUUAGGCUGUUCUCAAAAUUUUGAUACAGUUGAGGAAGCCCGAGCCCAUCUUAUGGCAAACCAUACUGAUGACCUAGAAAGCGGCCAGAGAGCUGUAGGGGACAUUGGUAGCCAACCAGAUAUCCGCAAGGCAGAAGGAAAUUGCCCGGUGUGUUUCAACAAGCAGAUCAACACAGCCCAACAAUAUUAUUCUCAUGUUGGUGAUAAUUUGGAGCAACUAUCUCUUUUCGCACUACCGUACUCCGACGCUGAUGAAGAUGAAGAUGAAAUUUCAGAGCAAGGGAGUGAGGAGGAAGAGGACGGGACCAAUAGUACGGGCGACAAUAUUCGAGAACAGUCUAGAUCGAGGAUGAGAAAUGACCCAAGGUCUCUUUGGAGGCGACCAUAUCUGCUCAUUAGAGUAAUCCAUGCUUUCCGCAAUGAUGGAAUAUAUAAACCUAGCAUUCUCCGUCGAAUCUCGCCUCCUUCGGACAUUACGCAUUGACGAAAACAGAAGAGAAAAAAGUUAAUAAAAAGAUUAAGCCGAAAUAUUCCAAGUCAAUUUAUCUCCUACUUAUUUUGAAUUAUUUUCAAACUUUUUUUUUUUUUAAAAAAAAAUUUGCUCUUUUUAUUAUUUUCUCUCUUGCGUAAUAAUUGUACAAACUGAAGCAAUUGGC